AUGCAUCUGAAGAGUUCUGCUGGACGUCCAAAAGGGAAGUGUAAAGGAGCAGUUGCUUUGACCAAGAAAGACAACAUGGCGGCUGAAGUUCCCCUCACCAACCGCCACGUGGAAAAGCCGGUUACUAGCGGCUAUACUUUCUGUGCGUCGCCUCUGUACGAAUCCAAGCCUCGUCUUUGACACUGGUAAGAUUUAAUUAUACGUAAACGGCCACUUUUCCUUUGUUGUCUCUGGACUUUGCAUGCUUUCCGAAGAAGUGAACUACAGGAACACUAGAUCAAUCUCUUGAUAACAUCGCAAAAAUUGUUUACAUGAAAUGCUCUGAAGUUUGAAGUUUCACCUGUUACAUUUUUAACUAAGUCUUUUGAAAGGACUUUUGAUGUUGAUAGUGGCACACAUUUUGACGAUCGAUCUGAACGAAAGUCCUAUUUCUCGGCCCAAUUGGUGUUUUACAAUCUAACUCGGGAAACAACCAACUCAUCAUCUUGAAAUACGGCGAACUUCUCUGAUAUACCCCCUCUUAAGUGCUAUUUUCAAACUUUUAACUGAUUAAUUAGAUCGUUUCGUGUCUUUCAGCAAUAGUUAGUUAAUUUUCCCCAUUUAUUACUUAAACUUUCAUCGCUAUUUGUUCUUCCGAGAACUUUGCUCUCCUAUUGUGACACCUACCUUUUAACCUGAGAUACAUGGUCAAAGGACAUAUUCAUAUAUGGCAUCUGUAAAUCUCUCAACCAGAAUAGAUAUGGACUUUUUUGCAAGUUAUUGGAUACUUUUAAAUCGAACAUUAAGACCUUUCCUUUCAAACGUUUCUAUAUUUGAUAUGUUAUAUAAUUAUUUUGUUGUUUAUAUUGUUUGAAACUUUGUUGCUUAAGAACUUUCUUCUAUAGAAGUUUUGUGUUGAUAUUAUGUUACUUACUUAUUUAAUGGUUUCAAUUAUUAAAAGAACACUGUUUGGUACUCUGUAGAAAGAAAACCAUACAAGUGAUAUAUUUUAUUAUUGUUAUCAUUAUUUCAUUCUUAACUGUAUAUCAGUUCAUUUUUUCUGUUUUUGUAAAGAGUGAAAUACCAUUUUAACCCAAAAGAGUUUUUAAUAGAAAUUGGGCCAAGUUAGGGGUUAAUGAGGACCAGUGAAUACCUUAUCUCAAGAAAGUUGUGUUAUUAACAGUUCAAAGCUGUAACAUAUCUUUACCUUUCUGUAGGGGUUUAUGACCUUGCUUCCCCAAAAACUGAAGGUGAUCUUCCCAAGACUUCAGUUCUAGAUGAAGGUGACAGCCUUUGGUCUGUUGAUUCUGUUCCAGAUUGGAACAAGGCAAAUCCUGGAGAACUUUUCUUCGACCAAGUGGCUGAACUUGAGAAGCUCAUACCAGGGGAGAGAAGCAAGGGACACUGUUUGGAGGAGUCUUGGAUGGCAGAUGUGGAGUUGCUUAAGAGUGAAGAGACCAUCAACAACUGGACUGGUCCAGAAGAAAAAUUUGGUGGAAUUGACCAACCUGAUAACAUUUAUGUCAGAGCACAGAAUGUUGGCUUGGAAAUUUGUGGCGAAAGGGAGGUGGAAAGCAAAGCUUUCAUUAUGAUUGAGCAACAAACACUUGAGCAUUUAGAUGUGCUGAAUGGGGAGGCAGCAGGAGCACUAUUUGAUGUCUCCCAAGAUUCUCCUUCAUCAGUUGGAAGUUCUUGCGGUGAUGAAGUUUCAGACAAGAGAUUAAGGAACAACCAGGCUUCAAGAAAGUUUCGUCGUGCAAGGAAAGAAAGAAAUAAUUCAUUGUUUGUGAGAGCAUCAAAGUUAGAGCAGGAAAACCAGGCCUUGAAGCUUCAAGUUAAUCAGAUGCUUCAGGAAGUAAUUUCUUUGAGGUCUAUGCUCUCAAAUAAUACUUUUCCCAGUCAAUUUUGACUUUUUUCAAUCAAGAUUUGGUUUCUUAUUUUGUUUAAGUAUACCAACAAUUGUGUAAGAAAAGUUUCAAAGUUGAUCACUUCAUAGUAGUCUUAUUUAAUUACUGUCCCAAGAAAUUUACAUUUAAAGCAUGUUAUGACCACUAGUGUUAGACUGAAAGAAUUGUUUUCAAAAAUUAACAUGCAGCUUUUAACAAAGUUCACUUUUGUAAUCUCAAGACUUAAUAGAUUGUGUGUUUGAUUACUUUUUUAUGUCAUCUGUGCUGCUUAAAAGAUCUAGAAGUAGUACAAUUCUCUGGUGUUGGGUUAAAAUACCCCCUUUAGAACUCGCACACUAUUCUAAAGUAUAUUCUCAAUUAGAUAAUUUUUUUUGUAAGAGUUAGCAAAGAGUUUUGCAAGAGUUAUGCUGUUGUUGUGCAAUGCUUUUGUAGUUUCCACAAUCAGUUCAACUUGUUGAAGUAUAAUUUUGAAGGACUCAUAGGACUGUUUCUGAUUAAAAAGUGUAAAUUUGGUGUUCCAAUGACUACGUAAUAUGAUUUAGACUUAAUGAAUAUUCUUAUGUGGUAGGAUUUCUUUUGUCUAUUAAAAUGUUUAGUCAUGUCAGUAAAGGUGC